UUCCUCUCGGAGCAACAAGAGCAAGCGUCCUUGAGAAUCUUCCUGCUUUGGGAUACUUCAAUGAACAUCAAUGGACUUUUCCACGUCAGCAAAACGUUAAGAUGAUCGACGCCCUUCUAGCGAUGAACAAUCUCAGCAUAGUGAAUGCCAUCGACGAGCUGGGAACUAUCUGCCGGGACUUUAUCUUGGUUUGCUAUUGGGCGGGUAGAAAGUUCCCCUGCUUCGAUAAACAUGAGUUCUUCAGCUGGAUAGACUCUACUAGUCAUUAUGGAGCGUGCUGCUCGUUCAACUAUCAUCCCAGUGUGCAGGAAACUAUUACUCCAUUUGCUGUGAACACAUUUGGAGUCCAUGGUGGAUUGAGUGUUAUAGGAACUGGAUAUCCACAAGCAUCGGACGGUAAAUCGGGAGCCUUGUACUCGGAAGGAUUCAUGCUGAUGAUUCAUCAUCCUCAUGACUUCGCAGUGGAAUCCGCACCUCUGACACUUUUGAAGCUUGGAACGGAAACCUUCAUCAGUGUAUCGCCAACAGAUUCUCGCUGUUCGUCACAGGUUCUAGUACUGCCGCAGUCGCAGCGAUCCUGCAUUAUUGGCAAAGAUUUUCCUGUUCCAAUCGAAAAUUACCGUCAGCCUGCCUGUACUCUGGAGUGCCUACGAAACGAGGUUCACCGGAAGUGCGAUUGUCAUCCUUAUCAUCUACCUCGUCAGUCACAGAUUCCGGAGAACAUCAAACCUAUACGAGGAUGCACAGUCUUUGAUUCGCUGUGCCUGAUUGACAAUUUUUAUAUGCUCAAACGCCUCAAAUGCCAAUGUCUUCCCGCCUGUAGUGAUGUAACAUAUAAAACGUCGUCAGUGGUUACGGACUUCUCGGCGCACAAAUAUUCUAUGAACAUAUUCUACACCGAAACAAACCUAACCAGUUUUGAGUUCAUUUUCCACAUCUAUUUGAGUAAUCAAGUGGUCGCAUCCAACAGGAGGAUCGUUGUUGUUUCGUGGAUAUCACUCUUAGCAAAUUUGGGAGGUGCUUUCAGUCUGUGCUUAGGAAUGAGUAUUAUCUCGCUGGUUGAAGUGCUGUUCUACAUAUUCCUGCGAUUCUAUAGGAUCCAACAAAAACUGCAAAAGCAGGCGAAGGAAAAGCAAAUUAAAUUGGUACAACCCUUAGCGGCGCUGCAGAGAUUUCCCAAGAAGGAGCAAUUGUUGAACCAAAAAAUUUCGGCAUUCGAAUAGCAAAUAACUAAGACUCAGUGAUGUAUUUUUAUAAAAAUAGACAGUGUUUCAUAUUUAUUAGUACUAUUAUCCAGCUUCAUCUAGUGAGACACUUCUACAUAAUGUAUGUAAAAUAUAUCUCGUUUCAGUUAAAUAACUAUCCCUCUCAACUACCCCGACACGGAUAGUAAACAGUUUUAUUUUGCACUUAAACUAAACAUCACAUAACGCGCCUUUAAUAAAUUGCAAAUAAUUUUGCUUCAAUUCCCUUUUUAUGUGGUUUCUUAG